CGACGCUCGGGCUACUUUAUUAUUUGUGCGCUACAACAGAAAGCACUCCGGACGCGCGUCCUCCUCAAACUAAUUGUUGCUUUUUUUUCCCCAAGACGAAGAUUCUCCUCCCUGCAGCCUGAAAAUUAUCUCUGCAGCAUCCUUGCAGAGUAGCCUCUCUUGUGCUGCCGAUUCCUCUUUUUUCUCUCUCUCUCUCUCUCUCGGUGCCAUCGACAGAACCGGAGAGAAUCCUGCACACGCACACACACACACACACGCAUACAUACACGCAUGCACGCACGCACACGCAGCCUCCUGGAGCAGCAGCAGCAUUCAGCGGACGGUCUCAUUCAUCGAUGUGCAUGGAGUAAAUAAGUUCCUCUCUCCAACCUGGAUUCAGGUUGAGGCGAUUGGUCUGAAAAAAAGAGAAGGCAGCCAGAGGAUCAGGAAGGAGGCUGACGAGGCAGAUGAGGAUUACGAAGUCGUGCCCGUCAGACGCGCCGCUGUUCACCUGGAAUACCUGAACGCUCUCCCAUGCCACGCAGCUGCAUCAACUCAUCAAGACUGUUGCAUGUAUCCGCGGCUGAUGUGUCGGCCCCUGUGGCCUAGCCCGUAGAUUUAUGUCUUCUAUCAAGAUCGGCUGCUAUUGAUUCGAAGCCCCCCGAGUGCCAUCACAAACUCGCAGCCACCGGUCCGUCCGUCCGUCCGUGCUCCGCCGGAGGAUGCUGCCCGCCGCGCAGUGAUGCCCGGGACCCGGGAGGAUUUUUGUCUCAUCAGGAUGACAUUUGGUUGAAUAAAAACCUCCGCGCGUGCGUGCGUGUGCGUGUGUGUUCGUGUGUUAGUGUGUGUGGACCACGAAACACACAAUCAACUCUCGUUUUUUUUUUUUGUUUUUUUUUUUUAAAUCUCCUUUUUCUUCUUCUUUUUUUUUUUGCGCCAAGAAAAAAGCUGCACCAACACCCGACCUCUGCCGAACUAGACUCUCGGUUUUUUUUAUACAGACUCGGUUCGGGGAGAUGGCCGCGAUCGCCAGCUCCCUGAUCCGGCAGAAACGCCAGGCGAGGGAGUCCAACAGCGACCGGGUCUCGACUUCGAAGCGUCGUCCCAGCCCCAGCAAAGACCCCCGCUCUCUGUGCGAGAGGCAUUUCUUGGGGGUCUUCAGCAAAGUCCGCUUCUGCAGCGGCAAGAAAAGACCCGUUCGGCGGCGACCAGACGCACCCUCGAAACCUCCACAGGUGUCCCAUAAGGGCUGCAGGCUAGAGCCGCAGCUGAAAGGCAUCGUGACACGACUGUUCAGCCAGCAGGGCUUCUACCUGCAGAUGCAGCCGGAUGGAACCAUCGACGGCAGCAAGGACGAGAACAGCGACAACACCCUGUUUAAUCUUAUUCCUGUGGGUCUGAGAGUGGUGGCCAUCCAGGGAGUGAAGAGUGGCUUCUACAUUGCCAUGAAUGGCGAGGGCAUGCUCUACAGCUCGGAGAUGUUUACGCCGGAGUGCAAGUUCAAGGAGUCAGUUUUCGAGAACUACUAUGUGAUCUACUCGUCCACUGUGUAUCGGCAGCAGGAGUCGGGCCGGGCCUGGUUCCUCGGCCUCACCAAGGAGGGACAAGUCAUGAAGGGCAACCGGGUCAAGAAGACAAAGCCCUCGUCACACUUUGUGCCGAGGCCCAUUGAAGUUUGUAUGUACAGGGAGCCGUCACUGCAUGAGAUAGAGGACAAGCACCGCUCCAGGAAGAGCUCAGGGACUCCCACCAUGAACGGAGGGAAAGCUGUCAAUCAGGACUCCACAUAGCAGCGGGGGGAGGGGCUUCCAGUAGGGGGGAGUGGCCUCGUCCUGACUCAAGGGGGAGGGGCCCUAGGAAAACUCACCGCCCCCACAGAAUACGCACCACCAUCCCCUCUGAUUUAAAAAAGGAAGAGGGCGUUGCGAAGACGAUGAUGACAACGACGACAAGGAGCUACUACUGUACACCCAAGACAACAAAAACAAAAACUGAACUCUUGCCUGUGAAAACCUUUUAGAUGAAUUAAUAUGA